UCCAACAAGAUAGUUGCCUAUUUCCUACAGUCCGGCGUGAGCAAGUGUACAUGGGAAAAGGCGAGAGGGAGCGUGAGAGUGACUGAAUAGACGAAAGCACGAUCGGGAGUGAGACUAGAAGAGAGUUUUUAUUUUAUUUUAAAAAGUGACAAUGGCCGUAUCGGCAGCUCCCCCGGUGCUCUCGCCCAACUCCACUCCGGGAUCCGGGGGUCUGUUUCGCUCCGAACCGAUGUACUCCAGACCGACCGAAAACACGAUAUUGACCAACAGCAUGAUCAACACAUUCAUCGCCACUGGAGGAGGAGGUGGCGGCGGUGGAGUGGGUAACGGCAACGGCACCGGCGUUAAUAACGAGUGUAAAAUGGUGGAGGUCCACGGGGUCAAAGUAGCCUCCUUUAAUAUGGACGGACAGGAACUGAUCUGCUUACCCCAGGUUUUCGAUCUCUUUCUCAAACACCUGGUCGGGGGGCUUCACACGGUCUACACGAAGCUCAAGCGCCUGGAUAUAUCCCCGGUGGUGUGCACCGUGGAACAGGUCCGAAUUCUGCGGGGACUCGGGGCUAUUCAGCCGGGGGUGAAUCGCUGCAAACUCAUCAGUCGAAAGGACUUCGAGGCGCUUUACAAUGAUUGCACCAAUGCCAGCUCCCGGCCUGGCCGCCCUCCUAAGCGCUCUCUGGGGGUCUCCAUGCAGGAAAGCUCCCGGCUCCUUCCCCACGGCAUCCACGGACUGCUCUCUCCAGGACUCCUCUCCCCCACAGGUCUCACAGCAGCCGCGAUGGCGGAGGCCAUGAAGCUGCAGAAGAGGAAGCUGAUGGCCAUGAGCAGCCUGCACGGAGGGAGCAGCCAGAACGGCACCGAGUCGGAGAACGAGGAGCUCAACUCAAACGCAGGAGGCAGUGAGUCCUCCUGGGAUAAGGAGAAGCUGCAGUCGCCCCCCUCCAGCGCCGGCCAGCACGGCCUGGGCCACACGGGCCUGUCCGGGCAGCACGGCCUGUCCAGCUCCCAGCUCAGCUCCCUGCAGCAGAACCACCUGCUUGCUAACCGCCUGGACCUGCCCUUCAUGAUGAUGCCCCACCCCCUGCUCCCCGUCAGCCUGCCUCCCGCCUCCGUCGCCAUGGCGAUGAACCAGAUGAACCACCUGAACACCAUCGCCAACAUGGCGGCCGCCGCGCAGAUGCACAGCCCGCUGUCCCGAGCCGCGGGGGCCUCCGUCAUCAAGGAGUGUGUCCAGGACAGCCCCUCCCCUGCCCCCUCUAUGGAGGACCAGGCUCACCUGCUAUCCCAGCCUCCCUCUCACCCUGACAGCAGCGCCUCCAGCUCCCCCGCGCCGCACCAGCAGAGCCCUGAGCACCUGGGACUGAACACACUGGAUGGAGAUAUUGGUGGCCAAGAUAUCAGUAUCCACAUGAAGAAGGCCUUUAAAGAGAAAGAUGACACCCAGCUGGCCAUGAUGCACAUGAUGAAGCUACCCCUGACAGGACAGGGCCUGCCCCCUGGGUUCCCCGGCCCCUUCCUGUUCGCUGACGGCAUGUCCUCUGUGGAAACGCUCCUCACCAAAAUCCAGGGCCUGCUGAAGGUGGCUGUUGAUAACACCCGUGUCCAGGACAAACAGAUCCAGCAGGAGAAGAAAGAGCUGAAGAUGGAGCUGUACAGAGAGAGGGAGAUGAGGGAGAGCCUGGAGAGACAGCUCACCUCCGAGCAACACAGCAGAGCCUCCAUCCAGAAGCGGCUGAAGAAGGAGAAGAAGGCGAAGAGGAAACUGCAGGAGGCGCUGGAGUUUGAGUCCAAGCGGCGGGAGCAGGUGGAGCAGGCGCUGAAGCAGGCCACCUCCCCCGACACGCUGCGCAUGAGUCUCAACGAGGCAGUGAUUCCAGAGGUGGAGACGGAACACAAUGGGAACCAGCAGGAGAACUCAGCCAUACAAGAAAACAGAGGAUACAUGAAGACACCUAUAAUGUACUAAUAAACAACCCCGCCCCAUCCCACUGAUUGGGCAGACAGAGCUGGAUGAACGUGUCGCCCCGGUAAUGGAAAGGGGGGGGGGUUACUUGGCUCCCCAACCUCGUCAGCUGACACUCAUCUCAAGGACGCUGGGAUUGGGUGGGGUCAGACCAAAUCUGUCCUCGCCCCUAGGGGAGAGAGAGAUGGUACAGCCCUCAGUGGCACCCAACCCUUUCCCCUUUGCAAUGACAACUUGUAAAAAAAAAAUUAAAAAAAAAGACUUUCUUUUCUCUUUUUCACUAUUCCUUUCCUACUGCUGUUUUUUGUUUAGAUUUUUUUUGUUGUUGUUGUUGAGCAUUUAAAGAAGGAAAAGGAGGUUUUACUGCGUGUUCUUGCCCUUUUUAAAAUAUAUAUUUAUUCCCUCCUGGUUCAGAAUCCUU